AGAGCGAGAGAGGGAAGGAGGCAUGUUGGAGGAUGAGUGACAGCACAGCCUGGGAUGGGGACAAGCUGGGAGAGUGGAGCGCAGUGGUCUUGGAUAUAUGUUCUGUACAUUUCUCUUCUAAUGCCCCCCUUAGUCACUCCAGAGCAGACCCUCGAGGGCACGCGAGGGGAGGCUGCAACUGCGGGGUGGCUGCUGAACGGACGUGUCCGCAGGUCGGUGAAGGACAAGGGGUCUCCAGCGAGGGGAAACAUCUUGUUGACAUCGGAAGGCCGACGGCUCAUCCUGGAAGUUGAGAGAAACCACCUCCUGCUGUCUCCUGGCUUCACCGAGACGCAUUACACAGAGGACGGAGAGCUGGUGACUCUUACGCCAAAUCACACGGAACACUGCUACUACCAUGGACAUGUGAGGGGUAAUGAGGAGUCCUCAGUAGUACUCAGCACCUGCUUAGGAAUCAGCGGCCUCAUUGUCCUCAAUGCCAACAACAGCUUCUACCUCCACCCUCUGGCAGCGCCAGGCCACAGAACCCAUAUGCUGUACCGCACAGAACACCUGCCCAUUAAAGGAGGGAGCUGUGGUCAUGAUGGGCACCUGCAGACUGGCACCUCUCACCUCAGUGACUUUAUCUCCCAGCCCGGGCACCACAGGAUGAAGAGAAACGUUUGGGGGGCGCAGAAGUUCAUGGAGCUGUAUAUUGUAGCUGAUUGGAAGUUGUUUGCAAAGCAGAACAUGGAUCUGGGGAAGGCCAAGCACCGAAUCAUGGAGAUAGCAAACUUUGUGGACAAGUUCUAUAUGUCAAUGAACAUCAAAGUAGCUCUGAUUGGCCUGGAGGUGUGGACCUCUUCCAACCAAUGUGACGUGCAGGAAGAUGCCAACCAAACCCUGAAGGCCUUCCUGCUAUGGAAACAAAAGCUGAAGAACAGGAAAAAGCAUGAUAAUGUCCAGCUCGUCACGGGGGAGACAUUCAAGGCGACUACGAUUGGGAUGGCCCCCCUGGAGGGAAUGUGCUCGGCAGAGAAUUCUGGGGGUGUCAGCAUGGACCACUCGGAGCUGGCAAUUGGAGCAGCUGCCACAAUGGCUCAUGAGAUCGGACAUAACUUUGGGAUGAGCCAUGACAAGGAGCACUGCUGUGUAGAGGCCACUCCGGAAGAAGGAGGCUGCAUUAUGGCUGCAGCCACAGGACACCCUUUCCCUCGCAAGUUCAGCUCAUGCAGCCAGCAGCAGCUGCGGAGCUACUUCCAGAAGGGGGGAGGCAUGUGUCUGUUCAACAUGCCCAACACGGAUGACCUGGUGAUGGGGAAGAAGUGUGGGAAUGGGUUCCUUGAGGAGGGAGAGCAGUGUGACUGCGGAGAGCCGGAGGAGUGCACCAACCCUUGCUGCAAUGCCAAAGACUGCACCUUAAAGGAGGAGGCCCAGUGCGCACAUGGGGACUGCUGCCAGAGCUGUAAGCUAAUAUCCGCUGGUACGCAGUGUCGGGAAAAAUCUGGAGCAUGUGACCUGCCGGAAUUCUGCCGAGGGGACAACCCCUUCUGUCCCCCCAACGUCUAUAUGUUAGACGGGUCUCUGUGCGCCUAUGGCGAUGCGUACUGUGUUAAUGGCAUGUGUCUGACACAUCAGCAGCAGUGUGUGCAGCUGUGGGGCCCAGGAGCCUGGCCGGCGCCUGAUAUCUGCUUCAUAGACGUGAACAAGGCUGGAAACCAAUAUGGAAACUGUGGGAAAGAUGGACAAGGAAAACAUUUAAAGUGCAAUGCUAAAGACGCCAUGUGUGGGAAAAUCCAAUGCCAGAGCAGUGCUGUGAAGCCCGUACAUGACAAUACCGUUUCCAUGGACACUACUGUCUAUUUCAAUGGGCAUGAGGUGAAGUGUCGAGGUACAUACUCCUACUCGGUGCAGGAGGAAGAGGGAGACUCCUAUGACCCAGGCCUGGUGAUGACUGGAAUCAAAUGUGGUGAUGGCAUGGUGUGUAAGGACCACCGGUGUCAAAACGCCUCCUUCUUUGAACUGGAUCGCUGUAUAGCCAAAUGCAACGGACACGGGGUCUGCAACAGUAACAGAAACUGCCAUUGUUACGCGGGAUGGGGACCCCCUUACUGCAACGUGUCUGGCCAGGGGGGUAGCAAGGACAGUGGCCCCGUACCAGAUGACUUUCAAGAUGGCCUCAUCGUCUUCUUGCUGCUCCUCUUCCUGGUCUUUAUCCCGCUGGUGGCGUUUGGGAUCUACUACUGGUACCGAAGGCCAGGUUCUCAGCUGAACAAGUGGGUGACGAGUACAUCGAUGUUCAGGAAGGGUAACUUUCCUCCCCAGAAUGCGGAGAGGGCUCAUUCUAAAACCAUCUUCACCCAGCACAGAUUCCUACCUCGUGCCACAUCCAACUCUACGCAGAAGAGUAUAUGGAGCACUGUACAUGGGAAGAACGGACGGUCUCUGAGCCCUUCCCAGCCAGUGAAUAUUGUACGCCCCCUGUGUCCGCCGCCCAGCCAAGUCACCAAGACGAGUAUACAGCUGAAGCCAUCGCGGCCGCCUCCACCGGUCAACUCAUCCCCGAUCGUCCCAGCGAAACAGGACAGUCUGCAGACCAAGCUUCUACCACCAAAGAAGCCAUUGCCCUCCUGCCCUGUGCGGACCCCGCAGCUGAGCGCCCCUCGCAAGCCGCUACCCGGGAACCCGGCUUACAAGGACGGCCUGCUGGUAAUGACAGUGGGUGUGAAACCCAGCUCGGCCACCCCACUGAAAGGACCCCACCGGCCUAGACCAGGGGGUAAAGUUCAAGCAGCAGCUGCGGCCUUUCUCCAGAAGCAGUGACGUACAGAGAACGGAGAGUGGAUAUCUGCCCCGGGAACCAGGAGUAAAGCCAUCCAGAUGUUUGCACUAUGUGGGUGGCAAUACCCCUAGCAGCCCUCAGAUGACACUUUCCGAUACUGGACAUACAGUAAAUAGAAUUCAGAUGAUGGAGAACGGUGAAAUUUCUUUGGGUAUUGCACUGAGAUACUUCAAGCUGCUCUCUGGCCCUGGUCGCCUCUGCUGGACCCUGUACCCACACACAUGGGCGCCAAUGUCUCUCUCAAGUCAUCCAACGCCAUUUAUGGAGCUACAGUAUAUUCGGAUGGGGAAUUUCCUUGUUGCCUUCGUACUGGAACUGGGUUAAAGAGUUGAACUUGACUUUCAAGAGUGGGAGUAAUCCCCAGUCCCCCUGACCAUUGUCCAACAGUCCCGCUAUCUUAUGGAGCCUCAGCCGGGUCUUACAGACGCCAGGAGGCAUAGAGUCCACUUUGGUGGUGGUGAUCUUAUGACCAAGACAAGCACGUUGUCAUCAUCAGUGAUUUUUUUGCCCCCUCUUUGAGGGCUCAUUUCAGAGUACGUCCAGGCACCGAAUGUGCCUGGACGUCACCGAAUGUCUUCUCGUCUCUUCCAUCUGUGAUCAUUUUCCAGAAACACAUCAGGUUGCACCUCCACCUUUCAUGUCAGCCGAUAACGAUGGAGAUCUGAGUUUUCACCGCGUCUUUGCUCCAUACACCUCCGGGAAUCGCGUGGAAUUGAUGUCUUAAUAUGAAGAGCGCAACCGCAGGAUAAAAGGCCCUAGCUUAGGGGUGAGGAACCCUCAGCGAUGACGCGGUCAGCACUAUUGCCCGCCUUGUAGACCUUGCAGUUUUCCUUGUUGUAUGAUACACACAGGCCCAUCCCACACUUACCGCCGCAAAUCCUAGGAGUAAUCAAUAUGAUAUAAUGACAAAGCCGUGUUGCAUAAUAAAUAUCACAUAUGACCCAUCUCGCUGCCAGCGGUACACCUGAGGUAAUACGAUAGUGCCUCAUUGUUACAUAAAUAACGAUAUGGUAAUUCUCUCCCUCAAAGUUAUAUAUGGUGGCCUGUCCGAGGGCUCCUCACUGACUCAUCUCUGCCCUCCAAUACAGAUAAAUAAUAUUAUUGGCCCCUGAGCAUAGGACUCCACCCCUCCUCCAUGACUCCAGCCUGCCGCACGAGGACAGGCUGACAGGUACCCCUCCCACCCCACCCCACACACACACACACACAUUACUGAUGGAUGUUUACAGGGUUCGUCCUCGGCGAGCCACCUUUUCUUAGGAUGUGCAGAGGAUUUUUGUAUUGUAUUUAAUUCUGUGGUACGGAAAAAUUACUUUUAAUAAAAUUACUUUUUUUUUUUACA